UAGGGGCGCCCCGCCCCUCCCUCUAUCCUCCUGCCCGCGCCGCAGCCUUCGAGCACACGGUCCCGCCGCGGCAGCUUCUCGGAGCUUUCGGGGCAGCUCGGCGCCAGGCGAGUGGGUUAGCUGGUCUGGAGCGUGAGCGGCGGAGGAGCCGGCAGCAGCGGCGCGGAGGGCCGAGAGCAACGCGGCUUUCCCAAACUUGGUGGUGCGCUCGCGUCACUGCACCCGCCGCCCGAGCGAUGAAGAUGGUCGCGCCCUGGACGCGGUUCUAUUCCAACAGCUGCUGCCUGUGCUGCCAUGUCCGCACAGGCACCAUCCUUCUCGGCGUCUGGUACCUGAUCAUCAAUGCGGUGGUACUGUUGAUUUUACUCAGCGCCCUGGCUGAUCCAGAUCAGUACCAUUUUUCAAGUUCUGAACUAGGAGGGGACUUUGAGUUCAUGGAUGACGCCAACAUGUGCAUCGCUAUCGCAGUUUCUCUCCUCAUGAUCCUGAUAUGUGCAAUGGCGACUUAUGGAGCAUACAAGCAACAUGCUGCCUGGAUCAUCCCAUUCUUCUGUUACCAGAUCUUUGAUUUUGCCCUGAACACCUUGGUUGCAGUCACUGUGCUUGUUUAUCCAAACUCCAUUCAGGAAUACAUACGCCAGCUGCCUCCUAAUUUUCCUUACAGAGAUGAUAUCAUGUCGGUGAAUCCUACCUGUUUGGUCCUUAUUAUUCUUCUGUUUAUCAGCAUUAUCCUGACAUUCAAGGGUUACUUGAUUAGCUGUGUUUGGAACUGCUACCGAUACAUCAAUGGCAGGAACUCUUCUGAUGUCCUGGUUUACGUUACCAGCAAUGACACUACGGUGCUGUUACCCCCGUAUGAUGAUGCCACUGUGAAUGGGGCUGCCAAGGAGCCACCGCCACCCUACGUGUCUGCCUGAGUCUGAGAGUGGAUGGAGUUGAGAGCAAGCAGCUCAACUUUUCAGACACCUGAGCAAUAGUUCUGUAAUUUCAAUUCUGAGAUGAGCUCUCUGAGGCUUGUUUGUUUUUGAAUUGUCACAUUUUACAAUUUAGAUGUUAAGUUGAAUCCCUCUGUAGUUUUGAACACAUGCUUUAGCUAGAGCACUUUGGUAGUGUAGCUAUAGGAUUCUUUCAGUAGGGGUGAGGCAGUAACAGAUCCAUUCAUCUUUCUCCAAAAUACAGAGAGACCUUGAGUCCCCAAAGUCUGGUUUUGUACCUGCUUGACCCUAAAGCUAGGCAAUUAGUCACACUUUUUCUAUUUCUCCUCUCUUUUGAAAAUAUAAGAUCAAAAUUAAACGACACCUUUCUUAAACCGUUUGGUGUAUAGAACAAACUUAUGAAAGUGAGGAAUGUUAAUUGUGUGAUCAUUGUUCUUAUUAGAUAAACAGGAGUCCUCAUGUAUAUGUUACAGUAGUUUUCCUACUAUCCUUUAUGACUUAAAUUCAGUAACAAUUGGAAUUUACUUGUCAAGGAUUUCAGCCACCCUCCAUCUCCUCCCUUCCCGGGAUGGGGGUGGGGGCUAAAUGGAGACCAUUAGGCAAUACCAGGCUGUGGGAAACUACUUCUCUGCGUUAGAGGAGGGACUGAUUGGUUUGGCAUCGCAUGGGACCUGGUAUUCUCUUCUCCUAGUUUCCAUCCUUCCCAGGGCCCCGUUUUACUAUGUGUCCUACCUGGCCUUGAUCCAAGGAGAAUCAUAUCAAGUAAAAUCACUGAUAUGUGUUUGCCUAAAAAGGUUUUCUUCUUUCCCUCUGAGGUCCAUCCUACUACUGUGAAUUUCUGAGUCUGCCUAGUCGUCCUUUAAAAAUGUUAAGCAGUCUCUACUACCUGAAUGGCAAAGGACUUUUAUAUGUUCAUAUGUUCAAAAACUCUCCUGCUUGUUUAUUGUUGAUUGUGCUGUAAAUGAAGGCUUUUGCAAUUAAAGUGAGAUUCGCCCAC